GCUGUGCUGCCCACCACAGGCUAUUAUAGGAAGGAAGAUGAUAAGCUGGGCCAUAUAUAAAAACCCACCCCAGCAUCACACCUCGACUGGGAGUCAACGUACGAUCAUUCAGACAUGGCAAGUAAGAAGGCCUCCAAUAAGAGACAGAGGGGAGCCCAGAAGUCUUGCUCCAAUGUCUUCUCCAUGUUUGAGCAGUCCCAGAUUCAGGAGUUCAAGGAGGCUUUUGGCUGCAUUGACCAAGACCGAGAUGGUGUUAUCAAAAAGCAGGACCUGAGGGAGACCUAUGGACAGCUGGGAAAACUUAAUGUCAAUGAUGAGGAGCUGGAUGCGAUGUUGAAUGAGGGGAAGGGUCCGAUCAACUUCACCGUGUUUCUGACUCUCUUUGGGGAGAAACUCAAUGGGACCGAUCCUGAAGACACCAUCCUUGCUGCCUUCAAACUUUUUGACCCCAAUGGGACCGGCUUUGUUAAUAAGGAUGAGUUUAAACGAUUACUGAUGAACCAGGCUGAUAAAUUCACAGCAGAGGAGGUGGAUCAGGCCUUCGCUCUCGCUCCCAUUGACCCAACUGGCAACAUCGACUACAAGUCCCUCUGCUACACCAUCACACAUGGAGAUGAGAAGGAAGAGUCCUAACAAGGACUGUAGUCAGCUCAUACAGGUCAUCUACGCAUGGGGAUUACUAUUUUACACUGCCUGGUUAUUAUUCAGAAACAAUCAUUAUUUAUGGAAUAGUGUUGAAAUAUCUGAUUCAUUCAACCUCAACUAAUCAAUGGUUGUAAAUGCUGCAGUUCUGUCGGUAUAAACACUGCCUAUUUUGUUUGUAUGCUGUUGAGAAUAAAGUGUUCCUCAAAAGCUUUUUUGUUGAUUACAAAUGCACAUUUUGUGAAGCAACGGUGUAAAUGGAAUAAGACU